GCCGCCGCCGUCUCGGCCAUGCGGCUCCCGGGCCGGGGAACUGGGCUCGGGCCCGCGCCGCCCCCAGCGCACCGCCCCCGCUGAACCUGCGCCCGCCCGGGCGCCGCCCGGCACCAUGGUGCAGAAGUCGCGCAACGGCGGCGUAUACCCUGGCCCCAGCGGGGAGAAGAAGCUCAAGGUGGGCUUCGUGGGGCUGGACCCCGGCGCCCCCGACUCCACCCGGGACGGCGCGCUGCUCAUCGCCGGCUCCGAGGCCCCCAAGCGCGGCAGCAUCCUGAGCAAGCCGCGCGCGGGCGGCGCGGGCGCCGGGAAGCCCCCCAAGCGCAACGCCUUCUACCGCAAGCUGCAGAAUUUCCUCUACAACGUGCUGGAGCGGCCGCGCGGCUGGGCGUUCAUCUACCACGCCUACGUGUUCCUGCUGGUCUUCUCCUGCCUCGUGCUGUCCGUGUUCUCCACCAUCAAGGAGUACGAGAAGAGCUCGGAGGGCGCGCUCUACAUCCUGGAAAUCGUGACCAUUGUGGUGUUCGGCGUGGAGUACUUUGUGCGGAUCUGGGCUGCCGGCUGCUGCUGCCGGUACCGCGGCUGGAGAGGGCGGCUCAAGUUUGCUCGGAAGCCCUUCUGUGUGAUCGACAUCAUGGUGCUGGUGGCCUCCAUCGCCGUGCUGGCGGCCGGCUCCCAGGGCAACGUCUUCGCCACGUCGGCGCUGCGGAGCCUGCGCUUCCUGCAGAUCCUCAGGAUGAUCCGCAUGGACCGGCGCGGCGGCACCUGGAAGCUGCUGGGCUCCGUGGUCUACGCGCACAGCAAGGAGCUGGUCACUGCCUGGUACAUCGGCUUCCUCUGCCUCAUCCUGGCCUCGUUCCUGGUGUACUUGGCGGAGAAGGGCGAGAAUGACCACUUCGACACGUACGCGGACGCGCUCUGGUGGGGCCUGAUCACCCUCACGACCAUCGGCUAUGGCGACAAGUACCCCCAGACCUGGAACGGGAGGCUCCUGGCGGCGACGUUCACCCUCAUCGGCGUCUCUUUCUUUGCUCUUCCGGCCGGCAUUUUGGGGUCUGGCUUUGCUCUGAAAGUUCAAGAGCAGCAUCGUCAGAAGCACUUCGAGAAGAGGCGGAACCCUGCAGCAGGCCUGAUCCAGUCCGCCUGGAGGUUCUACGCCACCAACCUGUCCCGCACGGACCUGCACUCCACGUGGCAGUACUACGAGCGCACGGUGACCGUGCCCAUGUACAGCUCGCAAACUCAAACCUACGGGGCCUCCAGACUGAUCCCCCCGCUCAACCAGCUGGAGCUGCUGCGGAACCUCAAGAGUAAGUCUGGACUCGCCUUCAGGAAGGAGCCUCAGCCGGAGCCCUGUCCAAGUCAAGGCAGACGGUGCAGAAAGUCCCUGUGUGGAUGCUGCUCUGGACACGCUAGUCAGAAGGUCAGUUUGAAAGACCGUGUCUUCUCCAGCCCCCGAGGCGUGGCUGCCAAGGGCAAGGGGUCCCCUCAGGCCCAGACCGUCCGGCGGUCGCCCAGCGCCGACCAGAGCCUGGAGGACAGUCCGAGCAAGGUGCCCAAGAGCUGGAGCUUCGGGGAGCGCGGCCGCGCACGGCAGGCCUUCCGGGCCAGGGGCGCCGCUUCCCGGCAGAACUCGGAAGAAGCAAGUCUCCCGGGAGAGGACGUUGCCGACGACAACAAGAGCUGCAACUGCGAGUUUGUGACGGAGGAUCUGACCCCGGGCCUCAAAGUCAGCAUCCGGGCCGUGUGUGUCAUGCGGUUCCUGGUGUCCAAGCGGAAGUUCAAGGAGAGCCUGCGGCCGUACGACGUGAUGGACGUGAUCGAGCAGUACUCGGCCGGCCACCUGGACAUGCUGUCCCGCAUCAAAAACCUGCAGUCCAGGGUAGAUAUGAUCGUGGGUCCCCCGCCCCCUUCAACUCCCCGGCACAAGAAGUACCCCAGCAAAGGGCCCACGGCCCCUCCGAGAGAGUCACCCCAGUACUCACCUAGAGUGGACCAGAUCGUGGGGCGGGGUCCGGCCAUGGCGGACAAGGACCGAAGCAAAGGCCCGGCUGAGGCGGAGCUGCCCGAGGACCCCAGCAUGAUGGGACGGCUGGGGAAGGUGGAGAAGCAGGUCCUGUCCAUGGAGAAGAAGCUGGAUUUCCUGGUGAACAUCUACAUGCAGCGCAUGGGCGUCCCCCCCGCCGAGACCGAGGCCUACUUCGGGGCCAAGGAGCCGGAGCCGGCACCGCCGUACCACAGCCCGGAGGACAGCCGGGACCACGGCGGCAGGAACUGCAUCAUCAAGCUCAUCCGCUCCGCCAGCUCCACGGGCCAGAAGAGCUUCGCGGCGCCCCCGGCCGUGCCCCCCGCCCAGUGCCCGCCCUCCACCUCGUGGCAGCAGCAGUGCCACGCACGCCAGGGCCACGGCACCUCACCCUCCGGGGACCCCGGCUCGCUGGUGCGCAUCCCGCCGCCGCCCACCCACGAGCGGUCCCUGUCGGCCUACAGCGGGGGCCACCGGGCCAGCACGGAGUUCCUGAGGCAGGAGGACGCCCCGGCCUGCAGGCCCCACGAGGCCGGCCUGCGGGACAGUGACACGUCCAUCUCCAUCCCGUCUGUGGACCACGAGGAGCUAGAGCGCUCCUUCAGCGGCUUCAGCAUCUCGCAGUCCAAGGAGAACCUGGAUGCCCUCAACAGCUGCUACGCGGCCGUCGCCCCAUGUGCCAAAGUCAGGCCCUACAUCGCAGAGGGCGAGUCGGACACGGACUCGGACCUCUGCACCCCGUGCGGGCCGCCGCCGCGCUCGGCCACGGGCGAGGGCCCCUUCGGCGAUGUGGGCUGGCCCGGGCCCCGGAAGUGAGGCCGCCCGCCGGCCUCUCCCUGACUUCCGGCCUCCGGGUCUUGAGGCGGGACCCCCGGGGCCCUCUUCUUGCAGAAACGCGGCAGGGGUGCCGCCUGGGGCAGUGGCAGGCGCGGCCCUGGUCUCUCGCGCCAAGGUUGGCAAGAAUUCUUUUCCAGCAAGGGGCAGCCAGGCUGGCCGUGCCCAUCUGCAGACUGUUGGCCCGGGUGGGACAGAGGCCGGGGCCAAGGCUGAGGACAGGCCACUGGCAGCCAGGUGGUGGGCCGGGAGCAGGGCCGGGUGAGGGUGGCAGCGAGGGGCAGGCUGUCUCCUGAAGAUCACGGCCUGGAGGCUGGGGAGGUGUGGCAGCCCCCUGGCGAGGCCUGCCCCACCCCGCCGUUUCUGCCCUGCCCCAUCCACCUGCCAGCCCCGCUGGGGCCGUGGCCCUUGCCUUCUGGGUGCCCGUUCAGAGCUGCUGGUCAGUGUUGCUGCCCUUCUCCCGCUGGGUUCUGAGCGCCCUGUGGUGAGAGCCAGCCCCACAUCCAGGGCCCUGGCUUGGCAGGGUGGAGGCGAGGCGGGACCACCCUGGAGCAGAGGGACGCUCAGAACUCCUGAACUUGGCUCUGGUCGGGAGGGGCCCCGCAGGCUCCAGGGGUCCUUGGGGGCUCCCUUCCAGACCUGGAAUGCGGGGGACUCUCCCCUCUGCCCUGGCCAGGCGCCGGCCACCAGGCUUCAGCCAGCCCUGCGAUGUGGGCCAGCCUGCGGAGGGCACCCCUGGGGCCGGGUUAGGGUUCCAGGGUCCUGUGCUGGGGGCGUCCUGGGGGCGGAAUUGCUCGCUUCCUCUGCUGGGACCCUGCCUCGCCUGGCCCCCUUCAGGCCCCCCAGGCUGGCCUGGACGAGGCCUCGCAGGGUGGUGGAGGUCUGCUCUGUCCUGGGGGUGUCUCCUGCCCCCAGCCAGUCCCCUCCACUGACUGGCUUGUGCUGGGGCAGGGGCCCUGCCCCCCCCUUCCUGGCACCUUGGCCUGAGGGGCAUCAGCCAGCGUGGGAUCCCCAACCUGGGCCUUUGGCGGUCGGUCGGCUGGGGGUCUGGUAUUUGGGGUGACAGGACAGCAAGUCUGGACACCUCGCCCUCUGAGGGGUGACUGUACACCAGCACCAGGCUGGCUAAGCCACCGUGUCGGGGGAGAGCCUGCCUGUGUCCCCAGCAUGCUUCGUCCACCCCAGGCCGGGCUGGUCGGUGGGAGAGGCCACCUGUCCUCCAGGAAGGGCUUUGAGAGCGUUGUCUGCGGGGCACGUGCCCCUGGCUGUCGGGGUCCUGGCGCUCGGAGAUCUUCAGGGAUCGGAGUCUGCUGAGCUUCUGGGUGUGGCCCCGCCCCUGCCAGGACCCCCAGGGUGAGGGUGGGCUUGGCACGGGGCAGGAGGACCCAGCUUGGGGCUGGAAGCUGCGGACUAUGUGCUGGCCUGCGCCCGAGGACGCCCCUCCCUCCCCGCCUCCUGGGGCCCCACACCCCUGAAUGUCUGCUCCGUGUACCCCCUCCUGUUCUCCAGGACAGUGUGUCUGGCCUCAGACGCCCCAGGGGUGAGGAAGGCCCCUUCCCGUGUGGGUGGUGGGCUCCCCGUGUGGCUGGUGGGCUCCUCUGGGAGAGAUCUGAGCCCCCGCCCCCACCCUCCUGUCAUGGCAGAGGGAGACCUCCAGCUACAGGCCCCCAGAAGCACGUCCACGCCCCACCCCACCCCGGCCGCUGCUCCAAGGCCCUGGGAGAAGCCGCCUCAGGUGGCCAGCAGCUGGGGCCUGUCCCCUGCGGGGUCUCGGCCACCAUGGCCCCCGUCCUGGUGGGGGCCCUUGGCCCAAGAGAGAGGGUUGUGUUCUGUUCCACGUGCUGCCUGUGCCGUGGGCCCCAUGUUGGGAGGAGCCCCCGGAGCUGCCCAGCCAGACACAGGUGCCAAGGCCACCGCCCAAAGGCCCUCAGGUCACCGCAGGAGAGGUGGAGGCUAGACUGUCAGCAGGGGGGCCGUGGAGGCUCCAAGGAAGCCUAACCCCUUGGAAAGCGGGAGGCACACAUCUCUGCUCAGGGGAUGGUUGGGGUGCAGUUUGGGGAUGGGAGGGUGGAGGCUCCGCGGGGCCCCCGGACCCCGGCCACGCAGCAUGUGCUCCUCCCAGUGCCUGCCCGCUGCCCAGCGCCCUCGGGAGCCGUCGCAGGAAAGUGCCCGCUGCCCAGCGCCCCCUUGGGAGCUGUCGCAGGAAAGAGAUUUCGUUGGAAAGUCAGCGCCCUCUCUGGGCAUGCGUGUGACCCCGAGAGGGCGACCCUGCCCUGCGGCAAGUGUGACAAAGGUUUCUCAAGACAAGUGUAUUUGUUACUAGGCCCCCUUGCACACGCCUGUGCUCACAUGCGCCUGCAAACACACACAUACACGUGGACACACGCACACUCACCCCCACGUCCCAUGUCCACACACCCGCACAGGUGCCUCGUCCCGCUUGUUUCUGAGGCUCUGCCCCCUUUAAGCCCAAGGAAUUAACAGCUUUGGGAGCUGCAGGUGGUCCUGGAACCUUGACCCCCAGGCGGAGGCUCCAGCUGCCCCGGAGGGUAGAAGGGCCCCCACCAGGUGACAGGGCCACAGUGGCACCACCCUGCUUUGGGGAGACUUGCUUCAAAACCCCAUUUGGAGACUCAGGGGGGUCCACAGCACGAGGGGCCCGCCUGGUUAGCACGAAGAAGGGACCCCUACCCCGCCCAGUCCCAGCCCAGAGUCAUCCCCCGCCCGCAACUCCCCCGGCUUUCAUGGGUCAAUUUAGUGUUAACGUCUUCCCUGCCCCGGGCGGGGGGGCCCUCAGGGAUCCCAGAUCUGAGAAGUAGACACGGGAAAGGGGGAGGUGUCCUCUGCCAGCCCCACCUUCAGGGAGCACCCAUGGAGCAGGUGCCCACCCCACUGCUGUUUGCAGCCAAACUUGGCCCUGGGCCAUUUCUAGAUGCUUCUGAAGCCCAGAGUGGGGAGGGCUGCCUGGAGGCCUGUGUAGAGAGCCUGGCGUUGGUACGAUUUCACACUCACCCUGGAUGGUGGACAGCGUGCAGAGCGCUGGGUGGAGGCACUUGCCCUGAUUUCUGUCGCUCCGAGGCACGGGCCCAGGAGCAAAUGCCGUGUGAGGAGGGAUGGCCCGACAGUGAGGGCGUGCCGUUGGGGGGUGGGGGGAGCGCUGAGCAGCAGGUGGGGCUCUGGACGCCUCGCCCCCUGUGCACACUGGCUCCGGAUGCCUCCUGCCUGACUGAUGCUGUCCCGAGAGGUCUGCCCUCGGCCAUGGUGUGGGCAGCUGUGCCCUCUGGGACCCCUGAGCGGGUCUUGGGUGUGCCAGUGUUCAGUGUGGGGUAGGAGGGCUGGAUGGGGCCCCGAAGGGAUGGGCUGCCUCCUGCACCCCCAGGGACAGCUGCCAGGUGCAAAGGGGGAGAGAUCACCGGGGAGGGCUUCCCAAGGAGGUGGCAUGCUGGGAGCUUCCCGCCUCCCUCUCUCCAAGGGGCCUGGGGCGCCUGCUGCCCAUGUCCAGGCCCUGUGUAGCCCCUGGAGCGUGUGGGCCCAUUGUUUGGUUCUGGAUUCUGCUGUCUCCUGAGGGGCGGGGGCUGGAGGGAGGGAGCUUAGGAGGCAGGAGGAGGGGACAGUGACCUCUGGUCUCGGACUCUUGCGUGGGUGGCCCGGCCGGUAGAGGCAUGGCCUGGGGGCCCUGUCUAGAGAGACCCUAGGGACGGGCAGAUCAGGUGCCGGCCGGGGAGGGAACCCUGCUGGGGGGAGGCCCUUGGUCCUGGCGUUUCCGGCCGUCACGUGGGCUUUGCGGUGCGCCGCACGUCCAGCUCUGAGCGGGUUCAUAAAGUUGCCUUAAUGUGCGUUGAUGAAAAUCCACUGAGGUCACCCCACGUCCCCUUGGCAUCUGCCAGGCACCCACAUGGGCCACGCCACCCCUCCCUGGGGUCUACGGGACCUGCUCCACAGCAAGCACAGAGCAGGAGGAGGCUCUCGUCAUCAUUCCUGCGGGCUCGGCCUGCACGUCGCCUGGGACCCCCGGGGCCCUCCGCGCCCCCACCAUCCCCCAGCUGUCACCCUCCGGCCCGAAGGUGGCUCAGCCCCCAUCUGUGCUCUUGCCUUGGCUGUCUUUGCACUUUCGUUCAUGUUCAUGCUCCAAAGAUACGUCAUGAUGCCUUCAGUGCCGACCGCAGCGCCUCCCGCGUGUCCCUGCAGCGCAGCCGGGUCUCUUCUCGUGGACGUGUCACCACCUGUGACAGGUGACGUGUGCCCUCCGUUUUCGAGCGACAGACGCCCGGGGGAAGAGCUCUAGUUUCCUACGGACCAGCUCACUGUCAGGUCGACGCCUGUGCCGCCAGAUGGCCAGGGCGGGUUUGCCCGGGGACCGCGGGUAUGGAGUCAGGCGGCGGGGACGCUGGGGACAGUUCUGGAAAGCUCUGCUGCCUGGGGAUGAGUCCGGAUGCCCAGUGGGUCUGUGCACUUAGUAAACACAGUGGUUCAGCCUGGACA